AUGUACAGUCCAGGAAGAUUAGCCAUGAAGCGAGGAGCUGACGGUGACAUGGGGUCCCCGCAAAAACGUUCUCGCAGAGGAGAUGAAGAAGUUCGUUUACUUAUUCCUAGCAAGGUCGCUGGUUCAAUUAUUGGUAAGGGAGGAGCAAACAUCACUAAGUUGAGGAGUCAGUACAAAGCAUCCAUAACUGUCCCUGAUUGCCCGGGCCCCGAACGGCUCUUAACACUGUCAUCGGACAUGGACUCAGUCUGCAAUAUCGUCAACGAUGUGGUUCCCAACUUAGAAGAGAAUGGUGCUAGCAUAAACGGAAAUGAAUUGGACCUUAGGAUGAUGAUCCACCAAAGCCAAGCCGGUUGUGUCAUUGGAAAGGGAGGACAAAAAAUCAAAGAAAUUCGAGAGAAAACUGGUGCCCGAAUUAAAAUCUACGCCAAUAUGGCUCCCCAGAGUACAGACCGAGUAAUUCAAAUUACUGGAGAACCCGCUAAAUGCAUUGACACUAUUCGAGAAGUUCUUACUCUAAUUAAACAGAGUCCCAUCAAGGGCGCAAUUAACCCUUACGAUCCCCACAACUAUGACGAGGUUUAUGCUGACCAAUAUGGCGGUUGGGGUAAUCAAGGAGGCGGUGGAGGCGGCGGCGGUGGAGGUUUUGGAAACCGAGGCGGCCGAGGAGGUAACGAUGGGGGGCCUAGAGGAGGUAACCGAGAUGGAGGAGGCCGAUUCGGCGGUGGUGGCGGUUUGGGUGGCCCAAGAAGCACUGGAGGCGGUGGCGGUCCCAUGAACCGUGGAAGCGGUGGAGGAUUCGGAGGCGGUGGAGCUUUCGGAGGUAGUAAUCGCGGAGGAGGCGGUGGUGGCCUUGGAGGAGGUGGCGGCGGCAGAUUUGGUGGCGGCGGAGGCGGCCGUGAUGGAGGCGGUUUCGGAAACAGAGAUAGCUUUGGAGGAGGCGGUGGCAGUGGCGGUGGAAACCGUGAUAGUUUUGGAGGAGGUGGUUCCUCAUUCGGAUCUAGAGGAGGUGGGUCAAACUCUUUCGAGAGAAAUGGUUGGGGAGGUGGUGGAGGAGGAGGCGGCAACAGUGUCCCUUUUAGCAGUCCACCACCAAGCUCUGGCAACUCUUCGUUUGGGAGUGGUGGUGGAGGCGGAGGAGGCGCUUCUGGAGGAAGUAAAAAUAGCACCCAGGUCACAAUCCCAAAAGAGUUGGCCGGUGCAAUAAUCGGUAAAGGCGGUGGCAGAAUCAGAAAGAUCAGAAUGGAUUCUGGUGCAAAUAUCACCAUCGACGAACCUCUUCCUGGCUCCAAUGAACGGAUUAUCACCAUUCAGGGAUCUCCGAAUCAAAUACAGAUGGCGCAGUAUCUUCUUCAACAGAGUACCGAUAGUGACCUCUAA